GCACCUGGUUCCAAAGUCAGUUUUGCCCACGACUGCAGCGCGAUGAAAUUAAUGCCUUCGAGUGUCACUUCUUAUUCAAUAACCGCUUCAGCAGCCACCCCAAGGGAGGUACAUUUGCAGCAAGCCAACGCGCAACACCCGUUUCCUGGGUUUCAUCUUGUGUACUUUUCCCCGACUCUUUGAAGCACUGCUGCGCACCGCUGGUGGACUGCGAGAACGCUGUUUCGACUUUCGAGAAGACCGGAACAGUCAGUUUAGCCGCAUUUUGAGGCUAGCCCACUUACCAGGUGCCAAACAGGCACUCGAAAAUGCUGCCGAGCACAGUAGGCGUCAUCGGGGGAGGGCAGAUGGGCUGGGGAAUUGCGCAAGUGAUUGCCAGUCGCGGCAUGAACGUGCUGCUCAACGACACCAACCCGCUGGCGCUGGAGCGCGGGCUGGGGCAGCUGAAGAAGGCUCUGGAGCGGUUGGUGAAGAAGGACAGCAUGCUGCCCGACGACGCGGCCGCCACGCUGGGACGCAUCCACACCUCGCACAACGGGCUAGAGAGUGUUCGCGGCGCCGACUUCAUCAUUGAGGCAGUGGCGGAGGACGAGGCGCUCAAGAAGGAGGUCUUCAGGAAGCUAGACCGGGCCACGCGUGUGGAGACCAUCCUGGCCUCCAACACCAGCUCCAUCUCCAUCACCCGCCUGGCCAGCGUCACAAGCAAGCCGCACAGGGUCGUGGGCAUGCACUUCAUGCACCCGGCGCCGGUGGUGCCGCUGGUGGAGCUGGCCAAGGGCAUGCACACCUCGCAGCAGACCUACGAGGCGGCGCGCUCGCUGGCGGAGAGCCUGGGCAAGAGCGUGUGCGUGUCGCAGGAUAGGCCGGGCUUCCUGGUCUACCGCCUGCUCAUGCCGCUCGUGAACGAGGCGUUCUUCCUGCUCAGUGAGAACGUGGGCAGCGCCGAGGACAUCGACCGCUCCAUGCGGCUGGGCACCAACAUGCAGCUGGGGCCGCUGCGCAUGGCCGACAACAUUGGCCUGGACACGUGCCUGUCCAUCAUGCGCACGUUGCACAGCCAGUUCGCCGACUCCAAGUACCGGCCCUGCCCGCUGCUGGUGCAGUACGUGGACGCGGGGCUGCUGGGAGCCAAGAGCGGCCGCGGCGUGUUCCAGCACGACGCUGGGUCCGGUGGCGACAAGCAGCACGCCUCGCAGCCGCACCUGAACCUCACGAUGAUGCCCAACAAUAAGAUGCCCAACAACCAGUUCCACCAGCACAACAACAACUAAUGGUUACACGGCUGCGCAAUUUGCAGUAUGCUUGCAACAUUCGAGCAGGGCGGCAUACCGGUGCACGCUGCACGUUUCAGUGGCUGGAGCACUACUAGGUGGGCGGAUGUAGCAGCGGCUACUGGAGGAGCCUCCGGUGACGAGGACGCUACUUGCCGAGGAUUAGAUCAGUUGCAAGCAGUUGCGGCAGGGCGGCAGGGUGCUACGGGUGAUUCGUCAUCACGCGCGCAGCUAACGCUGCAUUUCAUUUCAUGGCUGGCGCACGGUUGGCAAGCGCUUUUAGAUAGGAUGUCAGAGGACCGCAAGACUACGCUACCCUAUGAUAGCGCACAUCUCUUUCACUUGCCGGACAUAACUGCACAUGGAGCAGAGCCGAUGAAGUCUGGUCUGGGCCUCAAAUAAUCGGAUUGACCGGUUAGACCACAGGAGAGAAAGGCUGAGUUUCAGCCGGCCAGGAGCACCCCCAGUCGGGGACCAAACUAGCUGCAUAUAUGAGUGUUGCAGGAGUUAUAAGGUUCCCCCGGCCCGGGCCUCGGUUUGACGGUUUCUACAGGGACAGGUAUACGUCGUGCUCACCACCUUGAAUUAUUCACACACAACGCUGGCAGCAGGGGUGCCAGUAGCCAUGUGCUGUCGGUCGUGACAGACUGGCGGCUUGUAUUGUUGGAUGGGAUUGAGGCACAUUUCACAAAGUAAAGGUGGUGUGAGCAGCGGUGAGGCGGAGUGGGAAGACGACUGCAGGUAAACUGCUUAGGGAUGGGCAGAGCAGGGCAGAGCCAUGGGCGGCGGCGGGCGGAGGCACGCACCGUAGCCUGGCACAGGAACAAAGCUAAACAAAGGUGGCAAUGUGGCAUGACGUAUUUACUCCUGUAGGCGUGCCCAUAUGA